CCAUAAUAGUACAAACGUUUCUGUUUUUUUUUUAAUCUCAAUCACUCAAGACAACUACAUAUACACAUCAACCCCAUCUCUUCUCUAAUCAUCACAAUCUCAAACCUAAAAUAAAUUAAAAGGAAUCUACGUUGAAGGAGAGAAUAGAGAGAAUGGGUCGCCAAAACGUUUUCGUAGUUUUUGGCCUUGUGUUCUUGGCCGUCCUUGGCCUCUCAGCAGCUGCAUCUUCUCCAUCUCCUUCAUCGUCACCCUCCAAAGCUCCGUCUACUCCCACAACUGAUGUCGAAGCUCCAGUGUCCGAGGAUACUAUUGGAACCACCGACGACGAUGCAGCUGCUUCUCCUGGUGACGGUGACGUGGCUGUCGCUGGUCCUCUAGGAAGUGACUCCUCAUAUGGUAGCAUUGCACCUUCAGGCCCUGCUGCUGACAGUGGCGCGGCGGCUCUUGGUGUCUCUGCAGUCGUUGUUGGUGUUACAUCCAUCGCUGGAUCUUUCUUGUUUCUCUGAGGUGUGUUAUUAUCGUGAGAAGAUUAUCUUUAAUGGAGACUAUUUAUAUGUAUGGAUGAUUGUGAUGAUUAUGUUGUAAUUUGUUUCCUCUUUAUUACGAGAAACAAUUGUCUUUGUAAUAAAAAUGAAAAUGACGAAACUUCCCAUUAGCAGUGAUAAAAAUAUACAAAAUUACGGAUUGAAUAGUA